UUAAGUUUCACAGGAGAGAAAAGAGGCGCGGGAACUUCUCUCUCCUUUCUUCUCUGUUUCUAUCACCCUCUCUUGCGAUCCUGUACAGUGUUGGGGAACCCUUUUCGUGUGGCUGUAGCAGUCGGCUGGACAGUAAGUUUCCCGCUGAACCAUGUGGUUCUCCUUCUCCCACGUGGCUUACCUGCUAGUGGUUCUUCUGUGGAUCUGCUGCUGUGAGGCCACGCCCUUCCCCUUCCGCACCUCUGCAGAAGGCAGCGGAGACGAUGACCUGGAAAGUUUAAUCUUCAUACCACACACCACCCGCCGACCCGUUCAUGCGGCCCCGCCCCACUUCACUCACAGCCCCUCUCACACAGCUCCACCCUAUAUCACCAAAAGCUCUGUCCAUGCAGCCCCACCUGACACCACCCACAGUUCUACCCACAAAAUUCCGAGUUAUACCACGCACAGCACUGCCAAUGUGGCUCCGCCCUACACCACCCAUGGCCCUGUGGCUCCGCCUCCCACAGCCAUCUCUAAUGGUUCUGAUGUUGAGCUCCGCCUCCUCCAGCAGGUGGCAGGCUUCCUGCAGGACAACCUGCUCCUUGUCAUAAUGGUGUGCUCUCUGGUGGCCUUCAUCAUCUUUGUCAUCUGCUGUGCAUCGUUCAUGAGCCAUAAGCGGAAGGUCAAUGCCUACUACCCCUCCUCCUUCCCUGCCACCAAGUACGUGGAUGAGACAGACAAGUCUGGGGGUGCCCGCACUUUCAGCGAAGUCCCUGAGAGACCGGCCAACUCGCCACAGCCUGAGCCUGUGGACUCUGCCAAGCAGCUCCAGGAGGACAUCCUAACAGCUGCCCGGAAACUGCGGACACCCACGAAAACAAUGUCAGGAGGGAGAGAUGGCGGGGACCUCAAGCAGAAACCACCUGAGGAGCCGAAGAACCAGCUGGAUGCCCCACAGUCUGAGGAGACCCCCGCAGAGACUGUAGAGGAAAUGAUCUCCACAGAGGCUGAACAGAAAGUGGUCUCCGCAGAGGCCGAACAGGAAGUGACUCCUACCCCAUCUGUGCAGGAAACAGACCAGCCUAAGGACAAAGAGCCAGAUCAGGGCCUCAGUCUGGACCCCUGUCACCUGGAGGAGGAAGAACCGCUGCAGCAGGAAGCCCCAUCUGAGCCAGAGGAGCCGGAACCACAGCCGGAAGUGAGGUCACCUCCAGCUGACAGUCAAGAAGUGGCCUCUCCAAUAGUGCGAAUGAUCGGUGGGGAGACUACUGCCUUUUAAUCAGCCCCAAGAUCCCUGCCUAAAUUACGCUUUCACCAGUCAGAAAUCCGUGAGAACCCAGUGCUGAUGCGUCAUUCUCACUGUUUUCUCACCGCUUGUGACAUCGCUGUAUUGUUUCUUGUUUCCAUAGUGUGCAUUCAUACAAGAAAUGAGUUCUGAUAUGACAUGUGCAGAAAACGAGUCCCACUGAAGGUAUGAUAUUUGUUGCAUGUAAUUAGUUACAAGUCUGUACAUAUGGUAUAAUGAUGAAGCUGUUUAGCAGAGCUAGUAAGUCAAAAGAAUGCAGAAACUUGUAUCUAAAAUAACGAUGGGGUAUUAUAAUACCCUGAAGAAAACAUCGGCUGUUUGAACACAAUUGUAGUUUGUUUAGUUCAAACUUAUAUGUACUCUGGUAAUAUCAAAUUCUCACAAUGCCAACCACAGUUAGAAGUAGGUGUAGCUGCAGUUAAACAUAGGUACAACUACAGUUAAGACAGCUUGCUUACAGGCAGAUGUAAAAAUGCAAUUCUUUGUUACCAUCUCUUAACCCACACUGCAGCUUUUAUCUGUAAUAGAAGUAGCUGUGAGCCAAGAGUGAACAAACUCCAAUCGCAAGUACUGAUCCUGGAUCAUAAUCCAUUUUUUUCAGAAAGUGGCUGUGAUUAGGAUUAUGGGACAGUAAGAUUACCCUGAAUCAGAUGAGUGGGGAAUGUUGGGUGCAGAGCAACAAAUUACUUAAUGGGUAGACCUGCCACGUGCGGUUAUCCAUUGGCUGAUUGAAAUAAUCACAGUGCCAUGCUGUCAGUGAUAAAACGCUGAUUAUUUGAAUAGGCAGUGAUAUGAUGAGUCAAUGAUACAACAUAAUAGCACCACUCACUCACCCAUCUGUAAUGUUCACAGAAUUGUAUUUAUGAGGGUAUAAAUAUUUACUGUCUUAAAUGCCUUGGAAUUUUUAUAGACAUUUAGCCAGGCAUGAUUUAUACAUACAGAAUUUCACCAAAACAGUUGAGAUGAAGUUCAAGGCCACAAGCAUUCCAGCUGAUAUUCAAACUCAUAGCCCUCAGUUCUAUACUCUGUUAAAUUGCUCAAAUUCAGCUUUCACUAGGUGAUGUCAUGAAACAGAUUCUUUGUUGUACAAUGACAGAUAACACAGCCCUAUCACAUGAAGGAGGCUGAUAAUGUGUAACAGGAUUCAGACCUUUCACAAUAACAGACUGGAGUAGAACAGAAUGAACUGUAUGAUUUGCCAAAGAGGAAUUUGCUUUUGUGGGGUGUGUGGGGACAACUACCAGAGUUUAUCUGCAGAUACUUCAAUCUGAACAUCACUGUGCUUUCUGGAGAAACAAGUUUCCUGUUGACCAGGUUCUGUUGUGUGUAUCAUUUAAAUACACGGUCGUGUUCCAAAUCACGCUGGGAAAUA